AUGGGUCGGCUUGACCGGAGUAAUACCACUGCCUCAAAGAAAACCGGCGUGAAACAACCACAGCUUUGUGUUUCGCCAUCGCGAGACCGUUUCCCGUCGACUUCUUCGACGGAGGAUAACGAGAGCGGCACGGAUUGGGACGCGGAGGGUCGCCAUCCUGCCAUGACUCACCCCCGCCACCCUCCACCACCUCAGAGAAUGGAGAGCACAGACUGGAACACGGACAGCCGGCACCUCGCUAUGACCCACCAACGACACCCUCCACCCCCACAGGCGGUGAUAGUCGGCUCCGUGCGCAAGCGCCGUGGCAACCUACCGAAGCACUCUGUGAAGAUUUUGAAGAGAUGGUUGUAUGACCAUCGUUAUAAUGCUUACCCCAGCGACGCUGAGAAACUAGCACUGAGUCAGGAGGCUAAUCUUACUGUGUUGCAGGUCUGCAACUGGUUUAUAAAUGCCCGUCGUCGCAUUCUCCCUGAGAUGAUAAGACGCGAAGGUCAUGAUCCUCUCCACUACACCAUAUCAAGGCGCGGCAGGAAGCAGCCAGGCGCAAUGGCAGGAGUGGGCCCCAUGGUGGGAUUAGGCGGAGCUUCUACAUCAGGGCUUGGUGUCGCACCUGGAGACAGUGUCACAGUAGCAGCAUGGGAUGGGAUUGUUGUGGAGAAUGGACCAGACAGCCGAGCUCAUGACUAUGGAGAUGGCUUGCUGGUCUACCGCAGCGACGGUGACGAGCUCGGAGAUGGAGAGGAGGGCUACUCCAGCACUAUCAGCGAGGAGGAGGUCAAAUACGAUCCCUCCGUCUGGCAGUCCGUCAUACGGUAUGGACCAGAAGACCACGACCUGCACCCAGCAGCUAGGGACAGUACGGCAUCGAUGGUGACAGUGUCGACGUCGGAGGAGAUGGCGGAGCAGGGCCCGGAGCCGGUGUCGAGCAGUGAGGACGGGUGGCAGACGCUGGCGCACCCGCAGCUGGCGCACCUGCCGCAGCUGCCGCACCCGCUGCGCGCGCGCCGCAUGCAGGUGAGCCCGCCCCCGCAGCCCCCGCCGCCCGUCGCCGUCGAGCUCGAAGUAGCCACCACCGACAUGUGGUGCCACACCUAG